AUGCCAGCUAAAACGUUAAGUAACAAAUACAAGCUCAUCGUAAAGAAGAGGGAUCAUCUUUCCGCUGAAAAUGUGUCUCAAUUAAGCUCAGAGCAAACAAAAGUUAAAUUAGAAUUGUUAGAACAAGCAUUCGAGAUCUAUAAUAAAGAGUUUGAGAAACUUAAGUGGACUGCUGAAGAUGAGAAGAUUGAUACUUACAUAGAAGACGUAUUGGAAGAAAUAAGUGACAUUUAUGCACAUACUAAACCAAUUUUUUUUAGCAAAUAUACACAGAUCAGAAGAAGACACUAA